UAGGUUGUUAGAAAGUUAAUGGCUUGGGGGAAAGAGAUUCUCUUCUCGCUUCAGGAGAGUUUGAGGAUUUUUCUGAAGUAAAACGUAAUUAUUUUGUAACAAUAUAACCCCAAAGAAAGUGAAGCGACAACAUUACCUUCACAAAUAUACGUAUUAUUUAGGAAAGUAUGCAGGAUGCAGUAGCCGGGACGGCAAUGCUGACGGACGGCUUCGAGGACGAGAUUGACUCGGUGACUCCGCGUUCCCCUGCGUUAGGGAUGGGGGUUGGAGCUACACCAGGAGCCGGACUCGGGGGCCUCGGGAUCGGUGUCGGUGGCAAGAAAGUCCGCUUGUUCGGAGAUGCUGGCGGGCCCACAACAGACAGACUUGAUUUCAAACUCACAGCAGCCGCUGUGCUAUCGUCGGGCCCUGGAUCCGGUAGCGACGAGGAUGAGGUGUCUGAGGUGGAAUCGUUUAUACUCGACCAGGAAGAUCUGGAUAACCCCGUACUAAAGACGGCGUCAGAGCUGCUCUUAUCCAGCGCUGCAGACGGAGCUGACCUCAGAACAGUAGACCCAGAAACACAGGCCCGGCUCGAGGCGUUACUAGAAGCAGCAGGCAUUGGUAAACUCUCCACUCCCGAUGGCAAAGCCUUUGCAGAUCCAGAGGUGUUACGCCGACUGACGUCGUCGGUGAGCUGCGCGCUGGACGAGGCCGCCGCCGCCCUCACCCGCAUGAGGGCAGAAAACACGCUCAACGCCAGCCAGGCCGACAACCGUAGCCUGGCUGAGGCCUGCUCGGACGGCGACGUGAACGCAGUGCGGAAGCUGUUAGACGAGGGACGCAGCGUCAACGAACACACAGAGGAGGGCGAGAGCUUGCUGUGUCUGGCCUGCUCCGCUGGAUACUAUGAGCUCGCACAGGUCUUGCUGGCCAUGCACGCUAACGUGGAGGACAGAGGAAUCAAGGGAGACAUCACGCCACUUAUGGCUGCUGCAAGCGGCGGUUACGUCGACAUCGUCAAACUGCUCCUGGUGCACGGAGCUGACGUUAACGCACAGUCCUCAACAGGGAACACAGCGCUGACUUAUGCAUGUGCGGGAGGUUUUCUGGAUGUUGUAAAGGUGUUGCUCAAGGAGGGUGCCAACAUUGAAGAUCACAACGAGAACGGUCACACUCCUCUGAUGGAGGCUGCCAGUGCAGGCCACGUGGAGGUCGCUCGCGUGCUCCUGGAGUAUGGUGCUGGAAUCAAUACACACUCCAACGAGUUUAAGGAGAGCGCGCUCACGCUCGCCUGCUAUAAAGGGCACUUAGACAUGGUCAGGUUUCUUUUAGAAGCAGGAGCCGACCAGGAGCACAAGACAGAUGAGAUGCACACAGCACUCAUGGAGGCCUGCAUGGAUGGGCAUGUAGAGGUGGCAAGGCUGCUGUUGGAUAGCGGGGCACAGGUAAACAUGCCCGCUGACUCAUUUGAGUCCCCACUGACGCUGGCUGCCUGCGGAGGACAUGUGGAGCUGGCAGCGUUGCUGAUCGAGAGGGGAGCUAACCUCGAGGAGGUUAACGAUGAGGGCUACACUCCACUGAUGGAGGCAGCCCGUGAGGGCCACGAAGAGAUGGUUGCACUGCUCCUGGCACAAGGUGCAAAUAUUAACGCUCAGACAGAGGAGACGCAGGAGACGGCGCUGACUCUAGCAUGUUGCGGGGGUUUUCUGGAGGUGGCUGAUUUCCUCAUCAAAGCUGGGGCGGACAUUGAGCUGGGAUGCUCUACACCGCUUAUGGAGGCUGCACAGGAGGGGCAUCUAGAGCUGGUCAAAUACUUGUUGGCUGCAGGGGCUAACGUUCAUGCCACCACAGCCACGGGUGACACAGCUUUGACAUAUGCUUGUGAGAAUGGACACACAGAUGUUGCUGAUGUGCUGCUACAGACAGGGGCCGACCUGGAACAUGAAUCAGAAGGGGGCAGGACUCCACUGAUGAAAGCAGCCAGAGCAGGACACCUGUGUACUGUGCAGUUCCUCAUCAGCAAAGGUGCUAAUGUGAAUAGAGCCACAGCCAACAAUGACCACACAGUUGUCUCUCUUGCCUGUGCUGGGGGACAUUUGGCCGUGGUGGAGCUGUUGUUGGCCCAUGGAGCAGACCCAACCCACAGACUGAAGGAUGGCUCCACAAUGCUGAUUGAAGCUGCUAAAGGGGGUCACACUAAUGUGGUGUCCUACCUGCUAGACUACCCAAACAACAUUCUGUCAGUCCCUGCCCCAGAUCUCUCCCAGCUCACACCCCCCUCUCAUGACACUUCUCAGGCCCCUCGAGUCCCAUUCCAAGCCCUGGCUAUGGUGGUGCCACCCCAGGAGCCAGACAGAGUGCCCUCCACAAUCCCCACACCCCCACCCGUGACAAGCAAAGGUCCGUCCAAGCAGAGACUGGGCUCCCUUCAGAGCAACUCUGUGGCCUCAGGUGGCCUAGACGCUGACCUGCUGCCCCCUUUCCACCCCUAUCAGCCCCUGGAGUGCAUCGUUGAAGAGACCGAGGGCAAGCUGAACGAGCUGGGCCAGCGCAUCAGCGCCAUCGAGAAGGCACAGCUUCAGUCGCUCGAGCUCAUCCAGGGCGAGCCGCUCACCAAAGACAAGAUCGAGGAGCUAAAGAAGAGUCGUGAGGAGCAGGUGCAGAAGAAGAAGAAGAUCCUGAAGGAGUUGCAGAAGGUCGAGCGGCAGCUGCAGCUGAAGACGCAGCAGCAGCUCACCAAAGAAUACAUGGAGACCAAGGGGCUCAAGGAUGAGCUGGGCCAGGCGGCAGGGGUGGAGAUGCCCGGCACCCCCCUGCCCCUGCAGGCCACACAGCUGGGCACUGAUCUCGAUGAUUGCUGCAGAGAGGAGGACCACCGGCCCAUCUCCGCAAAUGAGGAGGAGGCUAAUGAGGAUGAUGAUGAUGAUGAAGAGGAGGAUGACGACGACGACGAAGAGGACACCGACUGUGCCAAGCUGCCCCAGGUGGAUACUAUUCUCUACAGAGAGGCAGUGCAGCCCCCUCCGCCUCCACCUCCUCAAAAUCAGGCCCUACAGAGUCCCCCAUUGCAGACCAGUUUCGUUCCCAUCCAGCCUUUGGCCACACAGCAGUCCACAGACUUCAGUAACGCCGAGUACCCAGAAAGCAGCAGUCCAGACCUGCAGAGGGUGUUGCUGGGCCAGCAGCUGACAGGGUUGGGGCCAGGGCUUCUCACACAGGCACCCGACGGACUCAUGGUGGCCACACCCGCGCAGACGCUCACAGACACGCUUGAUGACAUCAUGGCGGCUGUCAACAGCAGAGUUCCUGUGGUAAACACUACAACUUCACCCUCUCCUCAGCCCUCCGUACAGACGCCCAUCAACACGGUCUCCCCGUCCUCCAUGCUCCCCCUCUACCCCUCAGUGGACAUUGACGCACAUACGGAGAGUAAUCAUGACACGGCACUGACGCUGGCCUGUGCAGGUGGCCAUGAAGAGCUUGUCUCAGUGCUCAUUGCACGCGGGGCCAACAUCGAACAUCGGGACAAGAAGGGGUUCACUCCCCUGAUCCUAGCUGCCACUGCCGGCCAUGUCGGUGUGGUGGAGAUCCUGCUGGACAAAGGAGGAGACAUUGAAGCUCAGUCUGAGAGGACCAAAGACACUCCUUUGUCGCUCGCCUGCUCAGGUGGCAGACAAGAGGUGGUGGAGCUAUUGUUGCUCCGUGGGGCUAAUAAGGAGCACCGAAAUGUGUCUGACUACACCCCGCUCAGCUUGGCAGCCUCAGGGGGCUACGUCAACAUCAUCAAGAUCCUCCUGAAUGCUGGUGCAGAGAUCAACUCCAGGACUGGCAGUAAGCUGGGCAUUUCUCCACUCAUGUUGGCGGCCAUGAACGGCCACGUGCCUGCGGUGAAGCUGCUGUUGGACAUGGGAUCAGACAUCAACGCUCAGAUAGAGACCAAUCGCAACACAGCACUGACAUUGGCCUGCUUUCAGGGCCGAGCAGAGGUUGUCAGCCUGCUGCUGGACCGAAAGGCCAACGUGGAACAUCGGGCCAAGACGGGUCUUACCCCUCUCAUGGAGGCUGCGUCCGGCGGUUAUGCUGAAGUGGGUCGUGUGCUUUUGGAUAAAGGGGCAGAUGUCAAUGCCCCUCCUGUUCCCUCCUCCCGUGACACUGCCCUCACCAUUGCUGCAGACAAGGGGCACUACAAGUUCUGUGAGCUUCUCAUUAGCAGGGGUGCUCACAUUGACGUGCGAAAUAAGAAGGGGAACACCCCUUUAUGGUUGGCUGCUAACGGGGGACACUUCGACGUUGUGCAGCUGUUGGUACAGGCGGGAGCAGACGUGGAUGCAGCCGACAACCGCAAGAUCACCCCCCUCAUGGCAGCGUUUCGCAAGGGCCAUGUGAAAGUGGUGCAGUACUUGGUGAAGGAAGUCAACCAGUUUCCAUCUGACAUUGAGUGCAUGAGAUAUAUUGCAACCAUAGCAGAUAAGGAACUGCUAAAGAAGUGUCAUCAGUGCAUGGAAACCAUUGUCAAAGCCAAAGAUCAGCAGGCUGCUGAGGCCAACAAGAACGCCAGCAUUCUGCUUAAAGAGCUUGAUCUUGAGAAGUCUCGUGAAGAAAGUAAAAAGCAGGCUCUUGCUGCGAAACGGGAGAAGAGAAAGGAGAAGCGCAAGAAAAAGAAGGAAGAGCAGAAGAGGAAGUUGGAGGAAGAGGAGGCAAAAGUGAAAGAGGUUUAUCCGGAGAUGGAUGAUCAGAAGGAGGACUCCUCUGAAGGUGAGGAACACUCCUCUGAAGAGGUGGAGGUUCCAAUUGAGCCCCCAAGUGCUACCACCACCACAACCAUUGGUAUCUCCGCCACCUCCGCAACAUUCACCAACACUUUCGGCAAAAAACGAGCGAAUGUGGCCACUACACCGAGCACCAAUCGUAAGAACAAAAAGAACAAGACCAAGGAUUCUCCUAGUGAGCCCAUCAUCCUACAAGACCCACAAGUGGCGCUGGCGCAGCAGAAUGCCUCCAAAAAUAAGAUCCACGGUGAGCCCCGAGGGGGUGGGGCACCGGGAGGCACCAGCGACUCGGAUAAUCUAGACAGCACUGACUGCAACAGUGAAAGCAGUACUGGCAGUAAGAGUCAGGAGCUCGGCGACCCGCCCUCAUCAUCAUCCUUUUCCUCCUUCUCCCUCUCAGCCCCUCCAGGCUCCAGCCACCUCCAGACUGCAACUGAGAAGAGACAUGGGCAAUCGCUGCAGAGCUCUCGUGAGGAGAAGGUCACCGUGUCCAUCUCCAAACCACAGCCGAAAUCUCAUGAGAUCCACAGUGACUUGACUCCCAGUUCCCUGCCCUCAUCGUUCAAGACCAUUUCACUGCCAGUCACAUCACCCAACAGUAAGAUGAACCUCACCAGCCCUAAAAGGGGCCAGAAGAGAGAAGAGGGAUGGAAAGAGGUGGUUCGGAGAUCCAAGAAACUCUCAGUCCCUGCCUCAGUGGUGUCCCGGAUUAUGGGUCGAGGUGGCUGCAACAUUACAGCCAUCCAAGACGUUACAGGGGCGCACAUUGAUGUGGACAAACAGAAAGACAAGAAUGGAGAGAGAAUGAUCACAAUCAGAGGAGGCACAGAGUCUACACGGCAUGCUGUACAGCUUAUCAACGCGCUGAUACAGGAUCCCGCCAAAGAGCUGGAGGAUCUCAUCCCCCGUAAUCAUAUCCGGCCACCUGGCACCAACACCAAAAUCAGCUCCACCUACACCACCUCCACUGGGGCAACAAGCACUACAGCAGCCAGUUCAAAAGGCCUCCCGUCUGUGGUGCCCGCAGCCGGUGUAUCUUUCCAAUCAUCCUCCAACUCUACGGCUCAGCAGGCUGGGAAAUUAGGCAAAAAUAUGGCACAGGGUGUAAGGCCCCCUUUCGUGUCUUUGCCACCUCUUGCUUAUGCUCAUCCUCAGCUGGCCCUUCUAGCAGCCCAGACUAUGCAUCACAUCCGUCACCCUCGUUUGCCCAUGGCACAAUUCGGCGGCACUUUCUCAUCCUCUCCCAACACGUGGGGUCCAUUUCCUGUGCGUCCUGUGAGCCCUGGUAGUGCUAACAGCUCCCCUAAACACAGUGGCAAUUCAGCACUACGUCCCAUCAGCUCUGCUGCGCUUCACGCCGAGCACUCUGCUCCACCAACGUCCAGCACCUCGGCUCCUACUGCCUCUACCACCACCUCUCCUACCAGUACUGCGCCUACCAACACCUCCACGCCUUCCUCUGUCAGAAAGCAGCUCUUCUCAACAGAGCCCAAGUUAGGGGCUGGAAUGUCCGUGGCCACCACCGUCAACAGCGCCCCGCCGGCACAAGUUGCUCAAUCUCCCAUCAGCUGCGUUCCGACCACCCCUACAACUCCACCCCCUCCACCUACGCCCAUCGCUCCACCACCACAGCAUCCUACACCGCCCAAGCUUGAGCCUGCCGGCCUCAGCACCCCUGCUAAAGAAAAGCCUGUCACAGAGCUUGCACAAUCCAGUGCAUCUGAUGGCCCUAGCUCCUCUGCACCCCUGCAUUUCACCUCCUCUCCAUCAGGUCCUUCAGCGCUGCCCGUACAGCCCGAGAGCCGACAGCAGCUUCCACCACACUUUCCCUCCACCACAGAACCCAGUUCCUCUUCUUCAUCUCAACCAGGGUCAUCUCAUCCUGUCACGCGCCUCCCUCUUCCCACCUGCAGUAGCACAGUAGUCACUAACACCAGCAGCACCUUACCUCAUUACGCCUCCCCCGCCGUGCCCGGUGUGUCCCCACGCAUGCAGCCUCCGUCACCCUACUACACUAUGCCGCCGGGUGCCCUGCAGGAGCAGCAGUUCGUGCCUCCAGGAGCCUCACAGGAGCCUCUCAAACAGCAGCAGCAACAACAACAGGCUCAGCCCCCUAUGGGUGGGACUGGCAUGCCGCCUCCCUCUCUAUCAAUGUCCUCCACCAUUGGCAUGAUAAAUGGUUCUCAAAUGCACCUGCACAGCGGAAAAGCGCAACUACCCCCUAACUUUGGCCCCGCUGCUCUCUUCAAUCACUUUAGCAGCAUCUUCGACAACAACCAGGUGGGAAACAACCAGGUUUGGGGGGCCUGCCAUCUGCCCACACGCACCCCACCUGAGCAGGCCUACAACGCGCAAACCGCUGCCUACAUAGCGGGAGUGGGGCAAAUGGAAAGUGUCAUGCCUCCUGAUGGCUCUAAAGCUCCAGGGUAUCGCUGCUCCUCACAUAGGAUGGUCUCCAGUCCCAUUGGAAUGCACCCAAUGGACCCGGCAGGUAAUUCCAUGUCCUCGUCUGCUGCGCUCACCAGCUUUACCACAAGCAUGUCUGCCAGCCCUGUGUUUCUGCAAGGUCCGGCUCCAGUGGGCACACCCUCUUUCAGUCGCCAGCACUUCUCUCCCCAUCCCUGGAGUGCCUCGACUUCCUGUAUGACACAGAUCAAUACUUGUGAGUCUCCAGCGCCCUCUGUGUCCUCUGGGGCAUCUUCACCUCUUUGCACAUCCACAGUGACUCCUGCUCUGAUACAGGCAAAACCAAGUAGCUCCAACCAGCAGGAUCGCAAAGUGCCCCCUCCCAUUGGAACCGAGCGCCUGGCCCGUAUCCGACAAACCGGCUCUGUCAACCACACAAUGCUACCCACCAGCUACACCCCACCAGUUGGACAGGGUGGCAUUUGGUCUUUUGGAGUGGGCAGUGCCUCUGAGACGAUGUCGGGUUGGUCUCAGCCCCUGAUGGGAGGGCCAGUGAUGCACCAGCAGAUGCAGGAGCAGUCGGCUUUCUCUCAACACCAGGCUAUGGAACGGGAUGACACUGGGAUUGUGGCUCCUUCUAACACUUUCCAUCAACCUCUUCCCACCAACUUCAUGGAUUUUCCAAAGGGUCUGCCAAUGUCAAUGUAUGGUGGCGCAAUGAUCCCACCUCACCCUCAAAUGGCGGAGGCUCCCGGAGGCCCCGUAUACAAUGGCCUUCACACUUCUGACCCUGCCUGGAAUCCCAUCCUAAAGGUUGUUCCCAACUCUGCUGAAAAUUCAGACCCACAGCAGGUAUGGCCAGGAACUUGGGCCCCGCAUGUGGGAAACGUGCAUCUGAACCAUGUCAACUAAACCGUGAUGGAGACGCCUAAGGGCAGUAACGAGAAACACGUUAAAAAGAACAAGAUAAUUACCUAAUUACUGAGACGUGGUAUUAACCUAGAUGUGUCCCUCAAAAAAUGUUAAACCAGAUACGUUAAAUUUGAAAAAUGGACACCCUUGAUGUGCCUAACUAAAAAGAAAGAAUCCAGUGUGGGAUUUAACGCGUUUACCACUGUCUAUGAACAAAUCGAUUGCCUGUUCAACAGGAUACGUUCUGAGUAGUAUAGCCAUUUUGACAUAUAAGCCCCACGUAAAAGUGUUCUUGGUCGGCAGGGCUCAGUAGGACAGUGCGCUAUUUAUACUUGGCCAAGACCUAGAUGAUUGCAUAAAGAAUGAAAUCAGACCUUUUAGAGUGGUAAAUACCUGUAUAAUUGUUUACAUACUGAAAAAAGGGUUAAAAUGAGAGUAAAUUUCAUGUCGUAUAGUGGCUCUACUUUAUGUAGCCUGUAUUAAUGUGAAAUAUUUACCUUAAUAUUCAAUAAAAAGUUGGAAAUGUA